AUGUGGUGGUCGCAGUGGUCAUCGCCGGUACUGGUGCUGCUGGUGCUGGCGUUGACCCGGUGUGUGCCCGGCCAACGGCCAGCGCCCAGCAAGCGGCACGACGUCUACAUUGCCGGUUUCUUCCCGUUCGGCGGCCGGGUUUCCGGCAGCAUACCCGAGGGCCGGGUAGGCCGUGGUGUCAUGCCGGCAGUCAAACUGGCCGUCGACCACAUCAACGAGAGUCCGACGCUGUUGCGCAACUACCGGUUGCACGUGUGGUGGAACGACACUCAGGUGAGUAAGAAAAACAAAUUUAAAUGAACUUGCCGAAUCUCGAAUCUUAAUAACAAUUUUUAUUUUUUAAUAUAAACAUCCUGUAUAAGUUAAAAAUCAUUAUUCUUAUUGAAAACUAUAUACAUUUACCUAGACCUUUAAU